AUGUUCUCAUCAUUCACAAGAUCAACAGUUUCAAAGCUUGUCAAUGGCAGUGGUGCAUCUGCUUUGAUCAAUGCUCGUACAUACUAUAGAAUGCCAUCAGUACCAUAUGCACAAAAGGGUCUCAAACCAUUCUUGUCAGAGAGAUCAAUCUCUUUCCAUUUGGAACAUCACAAGACUGAUAUAGAAAAGGCAAAUAAUCUCGUAGAUCAAACACCAUACAGAGAUUUACCAAUUACACAAGUAUUAAGACAAGCAGGUGGUGACUCUGAAGAAGCACCAUUCUUUAACUUGGCUUCAUCACACUUUAAUCAAUCAUUCUUUUGGAAAUCAAUCACUGAUCGUAUCACUGAGCCAUCUGUUUUUAUGCUCAAGGCUUUUAGAAUGGACUUUGGUUCAUUUGAAGAAUUCAAGGCAAAGUUUUCAAGAAAUGCAUCUUCGAUGAGCAUGCCAGGUUAUACUUGGUUAGUUUUCCGUGAUAAGUCAUUGUCAAUCAUUAAUACUUUUGGAUCAGGUUCACCAUAUGAAUUGGAAGGUGCCUUCCCAUUAUUAUGUCUCGAUUUACACGAACGCGCUUAUUAUUUGGAUUACCAAACAAACAAAAAGAAAUAUAUUGCCAACUUUUGGAAUUUUGUAGAUUGGGAGUUUGUAGAAAACAAAUUCUUGAAUGCAUUGGUACAAGACAAGGAUCAUAAGCAAUCGAUUGAACAAGCUCUCGUUGAGGAAUACGAAAGAGAGAUGUAUGCCUUUGACAGAGACCAACAAUCAGAAAAGGAUGCCUACAUUGAAAACGCAAAGAAGCAGACUGAACAAGCUCUUGCCAACAAGGACGAUAUCGAUUUCGACGAUGAUUUGGAACAACAACUUGACAAGGAAGAGUUGGAUGGUAGAUUCGCCGUUGAAGAAGAAACUUCUGAAGAUCUCUAUUCUGAAGAUGAUUUCCAAAUUAAAAAAUAA